UAGCUGGUCAAAGUUCAGAAGCCGUCGUGCAUCAGACGCAUGGCCGGAGGUGACCGGAGGCAUGGGCGCUUCCUGGAAAUUUCAGUGCUUUUUCAUCUUCUUACCACCAUCCGUCCAAUCUUCCAAGAUUUCACCGUCAAUCUCAAUCGGACCCAACAACCGAAUUGCUUUGGCUUGCAGACCGACUUUUCAUCCCUUUUUACAGUGCAGCGCAGCACCACCACUGCAGGUUGCUCCCGCGCGCGCCGCCAGCCGCUCGCCGCCGCCGGCGACCAGCUUCUCCGCGGGGAUGGCGGCUCCGGCGGGCCCCACGAGGCUGGCCUACUUCGAUGACAUGUGGGCCCUCCGCGCCCCCGCCGCCGUCCUCUCCGUCCAUCAGGAGGAGGGCGGCCGGCGGGCGGUGGUGCUGGACGCCACGAUCUUCCACCCGCAGGGCGGCGGGCAGCCGGCCGACACGGGCGUCAUCGUCUCCGCCGCCAGGUUCCUCGUCGAGGACGUGCGCGUCAAGGACGGGGUGGUCUUCCACUAUGGCAGAUUCGAGGACGCUGAUGGAGAGGAGCUCAGCCAAGGGCAGAGUGUCAGCAUGGAAAUCGACGCGGACCGGCGCAAGCUGAACUCCAGGCUUCACUCUGCAGGGCAUUUGCUGGACAGUUGCAUGACCAAUCUCGGCCUUCAUAUGGAACCUGGGAAAGGAUACCAUUUUCCUGAUGGGCCUUUCGUUGAGUAUAAGGGAGUUGUUCCAACAGAUCAGUUACAGGAUACGAAAAUCCAGCUGGAAAAGGAGGCGAACGAACUGAUUUCGAAAGGAGCCAAGGUCUUAGUCUCUGUUUUCCCUUAUGAGGAGGCAGCUAAAUUAUGUGGAGGUGCUCUGCCUAGCUACAUCUCAGAGGAUAGCACUCCCCGCAUUGUGAAAUUUGGUGACUGUCCUGGUUGUCCUUGUGGAGGCACUCAUGUAGCUGACAUCACGGACAUCGGCAACCUAAAGGUCACAAAUAUAAGAGUCAAGAAAGGCGUGACCAAAGUCUCCUACAGCAUCAGCCCGUAAUUUUUCUGUGCAUCUCCCACACCUAGAAUCUAUCAUAUACGAGGAGGAAUGAAAUCAUAAUUAUCCAGAGAACCAGAAGUCUGGCUGCAUAUGGUCUCAUAAAUUCAGUUUUGUAUGACCGCACUGGAUUUCUCGGGGACAAAAUAGAUGAUCACGUAGAAUAUUUGAAAAGGUAGCGGUUUUACACACGCUGAUUUGUGUCUCAUCCCGUGUCACGGUACGGCAUCUGAAAGGUGGAUUUGCAGAUCAGAUGUUCACCUGCUCAGGCUAUAUGUCCCAACUCUUGUAUGAUUUUGUAUGUGUGAAAUGAUGAAAUCUAUCAUUAGGUGUUA